UUUCACUCCGAAGUUUACUCACAUUUAUAGAAAACAGAAAACCCUAUAAAAACCCCAACCUUUCAGCUCACAUUGUCCAAACGAAACCAUUUUGUAAAUUGAAAUUUGUCCUCAUUUUGAUGGAGUCCAAUUCCCCUCUAAUACUCCUCACAUUCUUUCUCCUCUUGUUAAUGUCUGCCUCCUCCCGCAACCACCAUUCACCCAUUUCCCCGAAAGCUCCUCCGUUUGAAAUUCAAGAAGCUUGCAAGGCCUCACGUGAUCCAUCAUCAUGUGAGGCUAUAUUAGUACAACACUUGCCAUCCAAACUAACGAUACCCCAAAUCAUCCAAUCAGCUUUAGGGGUCUCUUUUGAGAAACUUAAGGAAGCUCAGUCAAUGGUGAAGAAUAUCAUGGACGCUUCCACAGGGAAUCUAAACCGUACUAAUGCAGCAAAAGACUGUAUUGAGGUGCUCGGGUAUUCAGAAUACAGGCUGAAUCUCACGGCUCAGGCCUUGCCACGUGGCGGCAAGAUCAUAAAAGAUGCUCGUGCCUGGAUGAGUGCUGCCAUGGUGUACCAAUAUGAUUGCUGGUCCGCUUUGAAGUAUGUAAACGGGACGUCUCAGGUAAAUGAAACGAUGGCGUUUCUCAACUCUUUGAUCGGGUAUAGCAGCAAUGCACUAGGGAUGAUGGUGAAUUACGACUAUUUCGGGAACAAAACCGGGUCCUGGACCCGACCCAAGACAGAACGGGAUGGGUUCUGGGAAGGUGCUGGUGGAUCAACUGUGCCGGACUUCAAGGGCGGGGUACAGACAUGGCUGAAACCAAAUGUGACAGUGUGCAAGGCUGGUGGAAGUUGUGAUUAUGAGACGGUGCAGAGGGCAGUGAAUGCGGCCCCGGAAAAUGAGGUAAGGGGGCGGUUCGUGAUAUGGAUCAAAGCCGGGUUGUAUGACGAGAUAGUUCGGGUCCCGUUGGAGAAGAGGAAUUUGGUGUUUUUGGGUGAUGGCAUUGGGAAAACUGUCAUUACCGGGUCUAGGAAUGUUGGCCAGUUGGGUGUUUCUACUUAUGAAUCUGCAACUGUUGGAGUUUUUGGUGAUGGAUUCAUGGCCAGUGGCAUCACAAUCCAAAAUACAGCAGGUCCAGAUAGUCACCAAGCUAUAGCAUUCCAAUCCGAUAGUGACCUUUCGGUCAUUGAGAAUUGCGAAUUUCUUGGCAACCAAGACACCCUUUACGCCCAUUCUAUGCGCCAAUACUACAAGUCAUGCCGCAUACAAGGCAAUGUCGACUUCAUUUUUGGGAACUCCGCUACCUUCUUCCAUGAUUGUGAUAUCCUUGUUGCUCCUCGCCAACUAAAUCCCGAGAAGGGAGAGAACAAUGCUGUUACAGCUCAUGGAAGAAUAGAUCCCGCGCAAUCAACUGGAUUCGUCUUCCAAAACUGUUUAAUAAAUGGAACUGCAGAUUACAUGACCUUGUACUAUAGCAAGCCUAAGGUACAUAAAAAUUACUUCGGAAGGCCAUGGAAGGAGUAUUCCAGGACAGUCUUUAUACAGUGUACAUUGGAAGCUCUUGUUAGUGCCGAUGGAUGGAUGCCCUGGAGCGGCGAUUUUGCUUUGAGUACUCUUUACUAUGGAGAAUUUGGAAGUACGGGUCCCGGAGCUAAUGCAACAGGACGGGUGCCAUGGAGUAGCCAAAUACCGGAUGAACAUGUUGGCUCAUACUCGGUACAAAAUUUCAUUCAGGGUGAUCAGUGGAUUCCUACAUCUUCUUGAUUAAUGGUGUAAUCUAAAGUAGUUAGCUAGCUAAAAGUCAAGUUCAAGAUCGUCUUAUGAAUUACAAAUAUAUUAACCUCUUGUAUAAUUGCGGGAAGACUUCGGAAGUUUUUAAUAUAAUAUCUUUCCUAAAGCUUCAAUUCAA